AUGGAGGACGCCGCAAAGCCGACGUCUUUUGCGGCAAAUAUCCUGUGCAAAAGUAUCGUACUCGUAUGUUAAGUGCAAGUCUUGCAUUACAAAUCUUGUUCCCAAAGCAAAUCCGCAUUACAAAUUGUAUUUCUCAUGCUGAGGAAAUUAAUAUUUACAUUGCUUGACUUCCGGGUUCAGGUUCUGGUACGGCAUACCCCCGGCGACAGGUGACCUCGACAGGUGACCUCGACAGGUGACCCCGACAGGUGACCUCGACAGGUGACAUCGACAGGUGGCCUCGACAGGUGACCUUGACAGGUGACCUUGACAGGUGACCUGGACAGGUGACCUGGACAGGUGACCUGGACAGGUGGCCGCGACAGGUGACGACGACAGGCGGGGCGAGAGGAUAAAUCACAGGCGAGGUCAACGCCUGCGCUCAUGUCGUUCUUGACGUGAAAAGCAAAUAUUUGCGACACAGAAAAUGAAAAAGAUAAAAGCGCAAAAAAAAAAACUGCGACGUCGCAGAAAAUGGAAAAUAUCAAAGCGCAAAAACACAAAAUGCCCCCACACAGAAAGAAGUUUUUGCGCUGCCAUGCAAAAAUGAAAAAGUGCGUAUCUCUGCAAUGCACGCCCAGGAGACGGCUUAUAUAUGAUGACGAGGCAGCACCUAUUUCAUCCUUUUGCCAGUAGCGCUUCGCGCACUAAGCCACCAUGCGCGCGCCUGGUGUGAGGUGAGGGGCGGACGCUGUCCGCCCCGAUGGCGAACACCCUUCCCCCACUAGAGCCACUAAGGACGGGCACAAGGCCCCAGCGUGGGGACCCUGUCCCCACGCGUGGGUCUUGUUUGUCAUGCAAUGUAUACUAGUACGGUACUUUUGCAAUUCAUAGCAAAGAAGAUUGGGCAACUGUCGCACUACAACAAGGCGGCGGAGGCGUAUCAGAAGAAAAAAGUUCGUCACGAUCACUCAUGCGCACUUUUGCAAUACAAAAAAUGCCUGUCAUGCGUAAAAAUGCAUCACAGCCAAACUUCAUAGGGGAUUCCCCUAAUAGUGUUUCUGCAAUACAAGGAAAGGCUGUGAUGCUGAAAAAAUUUGUAAUGCAAAAUCUCCAGGUUAAUGACUGUGACAAACUUUUUUCUUUCCAUAAGGCGGAUUUCCUGGACGCGCGGGCCCUGCAUCUGUCCCUGAAAGCCUCCGUGUUGCUACGCAUCGCAAAUAUCUUUGGCUACUUUGGAACAGGAAAAAAAGGCAUAAGCGGUUAGUAGAGUUUGUGUCGACGCAGCUCUCAGUCUCAUUUCAUCUUCUUGGUCGUGUGCUGCCCUACGCAUGACAACUUCCUACUCCUUGCGAACUCGCAGUCCCCAGAAUUCUUCAGCUUCACAUCUACAAUCCUUCUUCCCCCAGCUGCAUUUUUCCAGCGGCCAGAACACGAGAUCCUUUUUUCAUGUUUCCACGCAUGACAGAUCUGGAGGUGACAGCAACCGCGCAUUACAAAUUUGAUAUCCUGUCAUAGAAAAAGGUAUUUGCGAUUCAUAGCAAGUGAGCUUCAACGACUUGGAAGCAGCAAAAGAAACCGUCGCGGACGAGCUGAACUAUGCUAUUGGAAAAUUCCUUUCGAUCGACGAUUUCGAUUUCUUUACUGAUUCUUGCGCAUUCAGGAUCAGCAUAUACAUGUUUAUUUCCUUACCUUUGCUUGUGCCUGUAAAUGUAUAAAGCAAAUGAAAUGAAUUUCAGAACAUCAUAAAUAGCUCCUGUUUGAUUAUACCAUCCACCAGAGCAAUUUUUGCAUUGCAAAUCCAGAUCCAGAUCGAGAUUGAAUAUCGAAGGAAUUUUUCCCUAGCAUAUCAAAGACGAACUCUUCAAGUACCGGGUGCCCGUCAGCGUAAAGCCACGAGUUUUAUGCAUUGCGAAUUUGUGGAUGUGGCGAUCAUUCUCCGACAGGUGAACAUUGUCAUGCAAAACCGGCGUACGCCUACGCCUGCUGUGCUCUUUGUAGCACGUGCACUUGUUACCGCGACUUCUACUUUCUUGCUUCCUCGAGAGGUAAUUGUUUCAUCAGGCAUAUCGGCACCAGCAAGAAGUUGGGAACUGUGCUGUGACUGUAAAGUUUGAAUUUGCAUCAAUAUAAUUCAGAACAGCUCGACACACCAAUUAUUUCCUUUCAUAAGGCUUCGCUUGGUUUUACAAAAGUCAGAUGCUGGUCUACCACCUCGCGCAGGACAGGUCCAAGUAUAAGAAAUAAGUAAAUUUGUUUCUUGUCGUAGUUUGUCAUGCAGAAUUUGCAUUCUAGCAACGCUCUACGAGAUAGGAACGGAUAUGAUGUGCUGUCAUUAUUUGUUCUCAUCGGAAACUAAGAAAAAGAAGUAGUACGAGGUUGAUCAUGAGGCUCUUUCGACGGACAUAGAAGUAGGUAAAACUCGAACUCCUUUAUUUUCGCGAAAGGACGACGCAUAAGAAAAAAGAAAUGUAAAUCCUUUAUUCACGACACAGGUACUACGCCGCGGGUGUGAACUACCUCCGGUACACUCCCUUAUGAAUUGCAAAAGUACUAUCGUACUAGUAAAGUAUAAACUGCAUUACAAAUUUCGUCAGCAUGAGAAACAAAAAUUUGUAAUGCGGAUUCACGUUAGGAAAAAGAUUUGUAAUGCAUAAAUCUGCUAUUACUACUAGUACUACUACGAUGCUUUUGCGGUCCAUAUCGCUUAUCCGAGGUCGAUUUCCCGCUUGUCGACCUGGCCGUCAACCUGGGCAUCGCCGCCCUAUAUCGCCGCCCUAUAUCGCCUUGCUGCGCUUGAUACUGACGAAAAAAAAAAACAGAAUUGCAUGCGCCGCAGUCUCAUAG